CAUAGAUGGCGCCCAUAGACUCACCGCACACUCAGUCACGUGACUCACAGAACACUAUGAAAACGUGUGUUCAGUUAAGAUCCGUUUCCUUUCAGUCGAUAGCAUUCACUGAUCACUACUCACACAUCACUGACUAAUAUGGCGGACAACGCUCCAGCCGCUGGUCAAAGAGGCGGUGGAUUCAGAGGAGGUUUUGGCGGCAGAGGUCGAGGCCGUGGACGCGGUGGUCGAGGCGGCCGCGGAGGCAGAGGUCGUGGACGUGGCGGCAAAGAUGGCGAUAAGGAGUGGAUUCCUGUGACUAAAUUGGGACGUCUUGUGAAGGACGGGAAGAUCAAGUCGUUGGAGGAGAUCUACCGCUUUUCGCUGCCCAUCAAGGAGUUCGAGAUAAUCGACUUCUUUAUCGGUCCGCAGCUGAAGGACGAGGUGUUGAAGAUAAUGCCGGUGCAGAAGCAGACGCGAGCCGGUCAGAGGACCCGUUUCAAGGCGUUUGUGGCGAUCGGCGACUACAACGGACACGUGGGGCUCGGCGUGAAGUGCAGUAAAGAGGUAGCCACUGCCAUCAGGGGCGCCAUCAUUCUCGCCAAACUGUCGGUCAUUCCCGUCCGCAGAGGCUAUUGGGGUAACAAAAUCGGAAAACCGCAUACCGUUCCCUGUAAGGUGACCGGAAAGUGUGGUUCUGUUUUGGUGCGUCUCAUCCCUGCGCCCAGAGGUACUGGCAUUGUGUCGGCGCCCGUGCCCAAGAAGUUGAUGAAUAUGGCGGGUAUUGAGGACUGUUAUACAUCUGCGAGUGGCUCGACCUCAACGCUGGGCAACUUCGCGAAGGCCACAUACCUGGCCAUCCAACAGACCUACUCAUACCUGACCCCUGACUUGUGGCCCGAAUCGCCACUCAAUAAGUCCCCGUAUCAGGAAUAUCACGACCACCUGUCCAUCAAUACUGCCGCUCAGGCUUUGGGUUGAAUCCAUGGAUCAAUUAUUGAUUAUUCAAUAAAUGAAUGAUAUUUUGAAAUA